AUGGGAUCCAACGGUAGAAUCACCAAGAUUCCCCUCGUACCCCUUGCCAAGGGCUCAGUCUUGCUACCCGGAGUGACCCUACGUAUCCCGGUCUCCAAUCGUCCCGACCUUGCCAACCUUCUUUCGUCACUUGUCGACAGACCUUCGAAGAGAGAUGCGGGGACCAUCACGUUCGGCUGCGUUCCGCUCAACUCGCCGUUCUUGAGCCGUGAUGGACAGCAACUUCUUGAAGGCGAGGAUACAGACGCAGCACAGAAGGAGGAAUACGACGCGAUUGAUGCCGGCCAGGCGCGAAAGGAAGACUUGUUCCGAUAUGGAACCAUUGGUAAAGUCAUCGGAGUUCAACGUCGCGCCUAUGCGGAGCCAUUCUUGCUUGUCCAGGGCACGCAAAGAUUCUCGAUCAAGAAGGUCUUGCGUGACCGGCCAUACUUUGAGGCCGAGGUGUUCAUCCAUGACGAAAGCAACUUCGGCCAAGGUAAUGCGGAAGUUGCGGAGCUAUUCCAACAAUUGAGACAGCUAUCUAGGGAACUUCUGACUCUCCUGCGCCUGUCCUCGUUGCUGUCGGCAGCUUCCUCACGUCUCUCGCCACUCGUUGCUCGAAAGUUUGAGCUUUACAUAUCCAAGACAGACUUGAGCCAGGCAGGGAAGCUGGCUGAUUUUAUGGCAGAUGUAUCUGACGCCAGCUUUGAGGAGAAGCUGCGCAUUCUCAGCUCGCUGGAUGUUAAGGAACGCCUGGAGAGGGUUGUUGAGAUCCUCACCAGACAGGCACAGCACAUUAAGAGCAGCGUUAGGGUCACCUCGCUUUCCUCUACUUCAUUCCCUCCCUCCGGGGUGGAUAUCAGCCAGAUUGAUCCCCGUGAACGUGAGCUUCUUGCAAAGCGCGCACUUUCUGGGUUUUCUGGCAUGCCACCUCCCGGUGGCCGUGGCAGCGAUGAAGAGAAGGAGCCUAAUGAGGUGGAUGAGUUGCAACAGAAGCUGAAUGAUGCGGGGCUUAGUCCCGAAGCUAAGAAGGUUGCGGACAGGGAAUUGAAACGUCUGCGCAAGAUGAACCCUGCCAAUGCCGAAUAUGGCGUUUGCCGGACAUACCUGGAAAACUUGUCUGAAAUUCCGUGGACCAAGGUGACCGAGGAUCAGCUUGGACCGGACACAUUGAAGAGAGCCCGGAAGCAGCUGGAUGAGGAUCACUAUGGUCUGGAGCGCAUCAAGAAGAGGCUGUUGGAGUACCUCGCUGUGUUGCGGUUGAAGCAAUCCACCAACGUCGAUGUUGAACGCCAGAUUUCAGGACUCUCCAGGGACUUGGAUGCCACGGCAGUGGGCGAUGUCGAAAAGGAUGUUCCUCUGCUGUCAGAGUCCGACCGAGUUGCGCUGGAGACUCGCCUUGAGAUUUUGAAAUCUAAGCGUAUGACCGACAAGUCCCCUAUUUUGCUUUUGGUCGGACCUCCUGGAACUGGUAAGACCAGUCUGGCAAGGUCGGUUGCCGCUUCUCUUGGGCGUAAGUUCCACCGCAUCUCCCUUGGUGGUGUCAGGGACGAGGCGGAAAUCCGAGGCCACCGACGCACCUAUGUUGCCGCCAUGCCUGGGUUGAUUGUGAACGGUUUGAAGAAGGUCGGCGUGGCUAAUCCUGUCAUUCUGCUUGACGAGAUUGACAAGGUCGGCGGUGCCAAUUUCCAAGGCGACCCGUCCGCUGCCAUGUUGGAGGUUCUGGAUCCCGAGCAAAACCACACCUUCACCGACCACUAUAUCAAUAUCCCCAUUGACCUGAGCAAAGUUCUCUUCCUUGCUACGGCCAACUCUCUGGACACGAUCCCGGCACCUCUGCUCGAUCGCAUGGAGACUAUCGCUUUGUCUGGAUACACUACCGUUGAGAAGAGGCACAUUGCCAAGCAACAUCUCAUCCCCAAGCAAAUUCGAGCUAAUGGACUCACUGAGAGCCUAGUCAGCUUGUCUGACGAGGUGAUCGACAAGACGAUCACAUCAUAUACCCGUGAAUCGGGGGUUCGCAAUUUGGAGCGAGAGCUUGGCUCCAUCUGCCGCCACAAGGCCGUACAAUAUGCCGAGGCCGGUGACUCUGACCGUCUGGACGAUUACAACCCCGUUGUGUCAGUCGACGAUUUGGAGGAUAUUCUUGGAAUCGAGCGCUUCGAGGAAGAAAUCGCUGAGAAGCACGGCCGUCCCGGUGUCGUCACAGGUCUCGUUGCCUACUCUACCGGUGGCCAGGGUAGCAUCCUAUUCAUCGAGGUGGCAGACAUGCCCGGCAAUGGACGUGUCCAGCUAACCGGAAAGCUGGGCGACGUUCUCAAGGAAUCCGUCGAGGUAGCCCUAACAUGGGUUAAGGCACACUCCUUCGAGCUCGGUCUCACCCACGACCCCAACGAAGAUAUCAUGAAGAGCCGCAGCCUGCACGUCCACUGCCCCUCUGGCGCUAUCCCCAAGGAUGGUCCCUCUGCCGGCCUUGCCCACACCGUUGCCUUGAUCUCCUUGUUCACCAACAAGGCCGUCCCGCCGCAGAUUGCCAUGACGGGUGAAGUCUCCCUCCGCGGCCGGGUUAUGCCUGUCGGUGGUAUCAAGGAGAAGUUGAUCGGUGCUUUGCGCGCGGGAGUCAAGACCGUGCUGCUGCCCGACCAGAACCGCAAGGACGUCAAAGAUGUCCCUCAGGAGGUCAAGGAUGGUCUGGAGAUCAUCUAUGUCAAGCACAUUUGGGAGGGUCUGCGUCAGGUCUGGCCCGAUGCCCAGUGGCCGGGCCAGCACCAGAUCAACUUUGUUGAGAGCCGACUUUAA